UCAGAGAAGGAACCAUGCUCUGCCCAGCAGGCAGUAAAGCCACUCAGUCCACUGAGGAAGCCUGAGCCAUUAACAAGGUCUUCUACUUCCAAAGGAUGAUACUGCCUAAGAAAGGGAAGCUGCUGCUGUUCCUGGGUUCCCAGAUGAUAAUUGCCGCGCUCUUCUUCCAUACGUUCAGACAUACGGGCUUUGUCCAGAACGAAGAAGAGUCCAGGAGGCCCGUGCAUGUGCUGGUCCUGUCUUCCUGGCGGUCAGGAUCCUCUUUUGUGGGGCAGGUUUUUGGGCAACACCCGGAUGUCUUCUACCUGAUGGAGCCCGCCUGGCACGUGUGGACGAGUUUCACCAGCAGCACGGCCUGGAAGCUGCACAUGGCUGCGCGGGACCUUCUGCGUUCGGUCUUCCUGUGUGACAUGAGCGUCUUUGAUGCCUACAUGAAGCCAGGCCCCCGAAAACAGUCCAGCCUCUUCCAAUGGCAGCAAAGCCGGGCCCUGUGCUCGUCACCUGUCUGUGACUUCUUCUCCAGUGACCAGAUCAGCUUGCCUGAGCCUUGUAGGCGCCUCUGUUCCCAGGAACCCUUUGAUGUGGUGGAGAAGGCCUGCGGCUCUCACAGUCACGUGGUACUCAAGGAGGUGCGCUUCUUCAACCUGCAGGUCCUUUACCCACUUCUCACAGACCCUUCCCUCAACCUGUACAUCAUACACCUGAUCCGAGACCCCCGGGCUGUGUUCCGAUCUCGGGAACACACCAGAGGGGACCUCAUGAUUGAUAGUCGCAUUUUGCUGGGGGAACAUUUGAAAACGAUCAAGGAGGAAGAUUACCCCUAUUAUACCAUGCAGAUCAUCUGCAAAAGCCACGUGGACAUAAUCAAGGCCAUCCAAGCCCUGCCUGAGGCUCUACAGCAGCGCUUCCUGCUCCUGAGGUAUGAGGACCUGGUUCGGGAACCGCUGGCCCAGACCUCCAGGCUAUACAAAUUUGUGGGGUUGAAAUUCUUGCCCCAUCUCCAAACUUGGGUUUACAAUGUCACCCGUGGCAAAAGUAUAAAUCAGCCUUCCUUUGCCACUAAUGCCAGGAAUGCCCUGAACACCUCCCAGGCAUGGCGUUGGUCCUUGCCUUAUGAAAAGGUUUCUCGGAUUCAAGAUGUCUGUAGUGAGGCUAUGGAUUUGCUGGGCUACCUCCCAGCCAAAUCCAAACAAGAGCAAGGGAACCUGUUACUGGAUCUUUUGUCUUCUCCACACACGUUGGGGCAACUCUAG